CCGCAAUAAGAAGCACAUCCAGCACUGAUCUAAGCUCAAAGUUCCGUGAACUACCGCAGCAUCCUGACGAGAUGAAGCUGUUGCAACUCACCGCUCAGAUCACGCUCUGCCUACUCUUCACUUCAAACCGAGCAACGGCCACAUGUCCUCAAGUCGUGUCACGAGCAGACUGGGAUGCACGAGCCCCUGUCAGUAGCCAGACCAUACCAUCUCUCCCGGUGCCAUACGUCGUGAUCCACCACACAUAUCUGCCCGGGUUCUGCAACACCAGCCAAGCCUGCGAGGCCGCCAUGCGCAGCAUGCAAAACUAUCACCAGAACACCCAGAAAUGGACGGACAUCGGCUACAAUUUCUGUAUUGGAGGCACUGGUCAAGUGUACGAAGGCAGGGGAUGGGACAUCGUGGGAACCCACGCACCCAACUACAACAAUCGUAGCAUUGGCAUUUGCUUCAUCGGAGAUUUCAGAGCUGAGCUGCCGACAUUGGAGAUGCUAGCCACAGCUAAGUCGCUGAUAGAGUGCGGGGUGGAGCGCAACUCCACAUCGCCAGACUACAAGCUUCUGGGCCACAGUCAAGUCCGCAGUACCGAGUGUCCUGGAACAGCACUCCUCAACGAGAUCAAGACCUGGCCCCAUUGGGAUUCGCUCAACAAAACUAAUACCUAGCUACAACGCUUGGUCCCAUUGGGACUAUCUCCUUAUAGCACCUAGACUGACUACACGCCAUGCUCCAGCAUAUUUCAGUGCAUUCAUUCAUUCAUCAGUAAUCUGUCAGACGACAGGUCCACAGUCUCUUCCAAAACAGUUCCUCCACUUAA